UCCUCCAUCAAGACUCCUCUCUGAAACCCUGCCCACAUUUGUAUUGUUUGCUCUGCAGAGGACAUCACGCCUUUAAAUAUUCUUCCCUCCCGUCCUCCUCUCUUCAUCCUACUCCAGCACUCAAGCAAUCAAAAAGACUGAAGAGUCAAAGGGUUCAACGAUCGCUGAACACCGAAGAAAGCGGUCAGUUUUGUAGACUGGCUGCACCAAUAGCACAUUGCUAUAUUCGUGGUCGACUUUCUCCUCCCAGCACCUCAGCACUCUUGUGUGAGAAUUGUAGCGAUUGUCCAGCUGGUCACCAGCCUUGGAAAAGCUGUUAUCCGAAUACUGCGCGGAAAGAGGGUGGCGAAGAAGAGCGAGUAGGCCGAAGAUACAAGUUUAUUGGAAAAUAAUAUAUAUUCCAUUUGUAACAUUUUUAAGUUUAGUUCACAAUGUCUCUGUCUGUACCCCAUAAUGGAAUCAAGGCGGAUAACGAACCCGUUAUCGAGCUCUUUGUGAAGGCGGGAAGUGAUGGCGAGAGCAUUGGGAACUGCCCGUUCUCCCAGAGACUCUUCAUGAUCCUGUGGCUGAAGGGAGUGGUCUUCAACGUCACCACAGUGGACCUGAAGAGGAAGCCUGCAGACCUCCAGAACCUGGCCCCAGGCACACACCCUCCCUUCAUCACCUUCAACGGGGAGGUCAAGACAGACGUCAACAAGAUAGAGGAGUUCUUGGAGGAUGUCCUCAGCCCACCCAAGUUCACCAAGCUUAGUGCCAGACACCCUGAGUCCAACACAGCUGGGAUGGACAUCUUUGCCAAGUUCUCAGCCUUCAUCAAAAACUCAAAACCCAAUGCCAACGAAGGUCUGGAGCGUGGGCUGUUGAAGACCCUGCAGAAGCUGGAUGAGUACCUGCGCUCCCCACUGCCCGACGAGAUCGACCACAACAGCAUUGAGGACGUCAAGACCUCCACUCGCAAGUUCCUUGAUGGUGACAACAUGACACUGGCUGACUGCAACCUUCUUCCCAAGCUGCACAUCGUCAAGGUGGUGACCAAGAAGUACAGAGGCUUUGACAUCCCCAAGGACAUGAUAGGUAUCUGGCAGUACCUGCAGAAUGCCUACACACAUGAGGAGUUCACCAACACCUGCCCCAGUGACAAAGAGAUCGAGAUCGCCUACCAAGACGUGGCCAAGAGGCUGAUCAAAUAGGCCCCCCCCCUUACACCCAACACGGGGACUGGUCUGUUUAGACACGAGAAAGAAAACUAUGGACUACCUUUCCUUCUCCUAAUUUAGAGCAAACACAAUGCAUGAGCUCCUUUGUUCUUACUUUUCCCUUUUAUUUUUGGAGAUCUCUUGAGUACAUGAAGCAGCUCAGAAAGUUUACUGACGGUCCAUUGUUUAUAACUUUUUUUAGGUUCUCUCUUUGAUAUGAUGAUUUGAAUGGCGAUCUCUCAGAUCAGACCCUCUGUAUCCUCAUGGGAAUAUGGUCACAACCUGUGUUUUUCCGUUCAGCUGUUCAAUAUUAAUUUGCUUUUUAGGCUUGCUUAUGAAAGUGAAAAUUACAAGGCUGAAAUUGUGUUUUGUGUUUUGGCUACAGAGUUGAUUUAUGCAGUGUUGAAAGAUUCAGUGUUUUUGGCUCUAGAGGAUAAAUGAAGGCAGGUUUCACUGCAUGUAGACAGACGCUAGGCCAAACCACCGAGUUUGACAUACUGGUGCGAUAUGCUUCAUUUUACUGUUGCGUUGCUUAAGUCAAUUGCAACAACUAUAAUAGAAGUAAGGCUACAUGUUUUCCAUGCUCUGAUACCAUUUUCCGCCUUGACCUUAUGCUGAGCUCAGUCAGGGCUUUCUGAGAUGUACCUGUAGCAGGUGCUUGGAUGAGAUGUUUUCAGCUCAGGACCUGAGAUGAAUGAAAUAUGUAGCAAUGAAAUAUUAGAUCAUAUCUAGCAGAAAAAAACAACCAUUUAGACUUCAUCACUGCAUUGCCUCACAUCACUGCUCCAUAUAGACACUGACACUCUGGGCAGUGAAGCUCUAUUUUACCAGAAAUAACAUCUGUUUUUUAUUUUCUCCUGUAAAGCAUGAAGGGAAGUCUUUAGCUUGUGUUGUUCUGGCAGCAGUGGUAGCUUAUAUUAUACUUCAGCCACCAAAAAGGGCACAUUAAUUCUGGUCUCACUGUGGAUUGAAUGACUCCUGCUAUCUAAACUAGUGAAGUAUAAAAACCACACACUUUCUUUUUCUCACAUAGAAUACAAAGGAACGGUAAUGUCCAGUCAGGCAUCAGGGAAGAUGACACUAAAGAUAUUUAUGAGAAAAGGAAUCGGGGAGAGGAGAAUGGUAAUAUAAUGAAUAUCAUGUAGGAUUUCAUUUUCUCAUUAUUUCAAAUGCUCUCAAAAGGUAGUGAAUGUAUUCUUUCGUAGUUCCAAAAUGCUUUAGUGUGGAUUAAAGCAAAAAUAUAUAUUGUUUUUUAUCUCCUCGUGUUUUGCCGCCAUCUUUUCAGACAUUUGUUGUAAUACACAUUUCAUAAAAGGCAUUGUAAAUAUUUGUUUUGAUUAUCCAGAAUUCAAUGUGUACAUUUUGUACACUUAUUGGUUUGAUUUUGGGGAAAAUAGGCAUUUUUUACCUGCUUGGGUUUUAAUACUAGAAGACAUCUCCUUUGGCCUUUUUUGUUUUCUCCUGCGCAGAAGAUUUUCCAAAAUCACUGUAAUGACAUGUAUGUCAAUGUCAGAAGAAAAGAUCCAGAUGUUUUUUUAAACAAUAUUGACUUUAUUGAAAUAAACCUCUUAUUGGCA